GGAAAAAAUUAAAUUCCUUGUCCUAUAGUAAUCAGUGGGGUUGUAUUCGUAAAUAAGCAGUUGAAUUUUGGUUUUCUGAAGAUAAGCUUGAAAACACAAAUGUGAUCCUCAUGACAUUUGUCAGGAUCUAGAAAUCCCUUUUUCGUAAUGACUUCCUAAUCCAUGUUCUGGUAAUAGAAAAUCUGGCUUGCUUUCUCCAAUAUGAUUAAAGGUAGCAGGGUAGCUGUAGGAAAAAGGGAAGGAAAUAUUAAGUCAUUCCCAAUUAUCAAAUGCAAUCUGUCUCCAAAAGAUUCGAUUUCUUGUAUAUGCAUUCUGAAAAAGAACUUCCGGAGAGUGAAGAAAUAUGCUGUGAUUUUGGUUGCUCAAAAGAUAAAGCAAAUGGUUGCAUUAAUGUGAGAGAACUGAUGAAAUGGCAAGUAAUUAACACAGAUAUCAGAAGGUGAGAUCUCUGUAGUCCUUGGCUUUAAUUUGUUUGGGAUUCUUAUCUUUUAUCAGUUAAUAACAAAAUACCCCAUUUGGCAAAUGGCAAGAAAGCAAGACCCAGCAUCUCUAGGUUUUCAUUUCCUGCUUACAGGAAAUAAUUUUUGGAUUAUCUUGCCCUUUUUGUUCUCUCAUAGAACUUUGGCUUUUACAUUAUCAUGUUAAUACAAUUGCAGGAUAUAUAUUUUUUCUACUGCUGUCUGUUGGCAUGAUUCCAAAAUGAACACAAAGCUGACAUGGAAUCUCUCUCUCUUUCUCUUUCUCUCUCUCUCUCUCUCCCUCUCCCUCUCUCUCUCUCUUUCUCACACACACACACACACACACAUACACACUCUUUCCUUAAUACUUUCUUUCCACGUCCUAACAUAGAAAGAAAUCUGGAAAGUAUAAUUAGGAUAUUUAUACGCAUAGUAGGAAUUCUUAUUUUUUUCCAUUUUAUUUACCUUACAUGACAACUUCAUUAUCAAAACCAUGCUGUAUAUAUCUUCCUAAAAAUAGUCAGAACUGAAUGAUUGUAACACAAUAGUCCCAGUGAUAAUAUUUAUUUAAAAAAUAUCUGACAUGCAUAAAGCCUGUCUAAUUUAAGUCAGCCAGUUGGAAUCAGAGGAGACUGUUAAGGAAGGUAGUCCCACCAUUUACAGUAGAUGCAACCACAGGCAUCCUCAUGCAACCAAAUUAGCUCUUCAAUAGAUAUAGGAGUGGGACUUUAACGAAGUAAUGAGCAUUAUGGCACUUGUCCCAUAAUGAAUUGUUAGAAUUCUAGAAACCUAUAUCUAAAUCGUGCCAAAAUUCUUAGGAAUUUAGCUUCACCUGUAUUUGAUUAAAGAACACAUCCAUGACUCUAAGCAGAAUUGCCUAAUUGGAUUCUUAUUUUCUGGAAUUGGAUAAUAAAAUAUAUUUAAACAUUUGCACAAUCUCUACACUUCAGAAUUCAUGCACUAAGUAAAAUUUAUUUUUAUAUAUGAUACUUCACCAAUAAGUAACAGAAGGAUGCCUUUGGUCUAAUGUCAGUUGCUAAAGUCAAUCUUUCACACAGUUGCCUCAUUUAUAUAUUCAAAGUAAGUAAAGGAGGAAUGGUAACUCAAUAAAACAUCUAUAUAAUACUUCUAAUCCUGUAAUCGCACUCAUUGGAUUAUAGUGUGAAGGCUUCUGACAAAAUUAAAACACUUCUGGGAAAAGUAUCAAAUUCUCUUCAUUCUUUUUUAAAAUGUAAUGUUUAUUCAGUGACAUGAAAGGUGUAUUUCUUGUUAACUGAAACAUCAAGCUGCCCAUCUUGCUUUGAGUAUCAAUCUUUGUAAUGGAAUGCCAUGCAAAUGUUCAAAUGGCUCCCUUAGAGAAAGUGCUAAACCAUUUCUGAGGUCUACUGAUAAAAGUAUAGUACUUUUAAAAAAUAGUCCAAGUCCAAGGAAGCAAACAGAAAUUGCUAGUUGCUGUAUAAGAGGACAGAAGAGGAGUCGAGAAAGAAGUGUGCUUCUCUGCCACUUUCAUGUGACAAUCCUCAUCAGUCUUUCAUCAGUUCUUCACGAGGCGUAUAUAAACCCUUGCUGGGGGAGGUGAGAGGCACUUGAAGUGUUUCUUGUUCAGCAUCAGAGUGCUGAACAGCUGGACAGCUCCCUGCGGGCAGCAUUGCAAGCCUGUUUCCUUCUGCUCUGAACAGAAAAAACACAGUAGGGCUCCCACCAUGCAGCCAGCAAUGAUGAUGUUCUCCAGCAAAUACUGGGCGCGACGGGGCCUUUCACUGGACUCAGCUGUGCCUCAAGAGUACCCAUUAUCCAGGAAUGUAACUGUAAGUAUCAAGCUGAAACUAAACAAAACAAAUUCUGGUAGAAGUGAGGAUAAAAAGGCUAAUAAAGGUACAAGCAAGAAUGAGUCAACAUCUGAAGGUGGUAAAACUGCUGUGGUGUUUUCUUUAAAAAAUGAAGUUGGUGGCUUGGUAAAAGCUCUCAGACUUUUCCAGGAGAAGCAUGUGAGUAUGGUUCAUAUUGAAUCCAGAAAAUCCAAGCGAAGGAAUUCAGAGGUAGAAAUAUUUGUGGAUUGCGACUGCACCAAGAAAGAAUUCAAUGAGCUCAUUCAGCUGUUAAAGUAUGAAACAAACAUUGUGACUCUGAAUCCUCCAGAAAACAUCUGGACUGAUGAGGAAGAGCUGGACUGUGUGCCUUGGUUUCCCCGGAAGAUUGUUGAAUUAGAUAAAUGUUCCCAGAGAGUUCUUAUGUAUGGCUCCGAACUAGAUGCAGAUCACCCUGGAUUUAAGGACAAUGUUUACCGACAGAGAAGAAAAUAUUUUGUAGAUGUUGCCAUGAGUUAUAAAUAUGGCCAACCAAUUCCUAGAGUAGACUAUACACCUGAAGAAAUAAAAACUUGGGGCGUGGUAUUCAGGGAGCUUUCAAAACUCUAUCCUACUCAUGCUUGUAGAGAAUAUUUGAAAAAUUUCCCAUUACUCACAAAGUACUGUGGCUAUAGAGAUGAUAAUGUCCCACAAUUGGAGGAUGUCUCUAUGUUUCUCAAAGAAAGGUCUGGUUUCACAGUCAGACCAGUGGCUGGAUAUUUGUCCCCUCGUGAUUUCUUAGCUGGUCUGGCUUAUCGAGUGUUCCACUGUACGCAGUACAUACGCCAUGGUUCGGAUCCCCUUUAUACUCCAGAACCGGAUACAUGCCAUGAACUCCUGGGACAUGUGCCUCUGCUUGCUGACCCCAAAUUUGCCCAGUUUUCUCAAGAGAUUGGCUUGGCCUCUCUGGGAGCAUCUGAUGAAGAUGUCCAAAAGCUUGCCACUUGUUAUUUCUUCACUAUUGAAUUUGGCCUUUGUAAGCAAGAUGGACAACUGAGGGCUUAUGGAGCAGGCCUUUUGUCUUCUAUUGGAGAGCUCAAGCAUGCUCUGUCUGAUAAAGCCAAUGUGAAAACAUUUGAUCCAAAGACAACCUGCUUGCAAGAAUGCCUUAUCACAACUUUCCAGGAAGCUUACUUUGUCUCGGAAAGUUUUGAAGAAGCCAAAGAAAAGAUGAGGGAUUUUGCAAAAUCAAUCAAUCGUCCCUUUUCUGUUUAUUUCAACCCCUACACCCAAAGCAUUGAAAUUCUGAAAGACACCAGAAGCAUUGAAAAUGUUGUCCAGGAUCUCCGAAGUGACCUGAACACAGUGUGUGAUGCUUUAAGCAAAAUGAAUAGAUAUUUGGGUAUCUGA